AUGUUCAAUAUGGAUCAGACCACCACCACAACGACAACCAUGAACGAGCCAGACGCCAAGAGAGUGAGGCUCGACCCCUCCAUCGAUCUGCUCUUCUCGCAAGCAUCCUCGUCCCGCUCCAACAGCUCCGGCACGCCAGAAACAGAACCAGACCCACUGCACCUAUCUCGCCGCUUCGCAACCGGCCUGAACGAGAGGUGCUGGGACGAUCCAUGCAAUGCACACUUCCACCCGACCUACCGGGCGCUGCACGACAAUGUCAAGACCGAGAUCACCCACGAGCAAGAGCACAUGAUGCAUCGGGCGCUUUGUGCGCAGUUCCCGGAUUUCCAUAUGGAGAUCCUGAGCGAGUCGAUAGAUAUGAACGAGAUGGCGGGUACGGCGAUUGUCUGGUUGUUCAUCCGCGUGACGGGCACGUUGCCGGGUGUCCAGCGGGAUGCGAUUGGCGUGUUUCGGUGGAAGAAAGAGCGUGGCAAGUGGUGGUGCGUGUACCACGCUGGGCUCCGGGAGCCUAUGGCAGUGUACUAA